AUGGUUCAGGAGUAUAGAUUGAUAGGAUCUUUCAUAGAUUUACAACAAGAUGCACCACUAAAAGCAUUAGUUGGUGCUUAUUCCACGGAGGUCAACAAUGAUUUCUGGAAGGAAUUGAGAAUGGUACAGUUAGAAGAUGAAUAUCUAUUUGAAAUUAGUGAAGAAAUUGAAGCGAAUAAAACUAUAGAUUUUAGCUUUAAAGAUAAUGGUUUCAUGGUCUAUUGGGACAAAAUUUAUGUGCUUGAUGAUGCAGAUCUAAGGAAAGUUAUUCUGAAUAAAGCUCAUUGUAGUAAGUAUAUGAUCGAUCCGAGAGCUAUGAAGAUGUAUCAAGAUAUGGGCAAUAUUAGUAGAUGUCAGAAAAAACUUAUUAAGACUAGAAUCAUCACGCCUUCUCCUGCUACUAAUGCCACGCCAUCAGGUUUCGGCCAAACCAUAUGUGUCACUGGCGCCGGUGGCUUCAUCGCCUCAUGGAUUGUCAAGCUCCUCUUAGACAGAGGUUACACUGUUAGAGGCACAGUCAGAAAUCCAGACGAUUCUAAGAACGAACACUUGAAAAAUCUGGAAGGAGCACAGGAGAGGCUAACUCUUCAUAAAAUUGAUCUUCUUGAUGAUCUCAAGUCCAUGAAAGCUGUUAUUAAUGGCUGUGAUGGUGUUAUUCAUACCGCUUCUCCCAUCACAGACAAUCCUGAAGAGAUGAUGAAACCGGCGGUAAAUGGAACGAAGAAUGUGAUGAUAGCAGCUGCAGAAGCAAAAGUGCGUCGAGUUGUGUUCACGUCAUCUAUUGGAGCUGUCUACAUGGACCCCAACAGGAGCAUUGACAUGUUGAUUGAUGAGUCUUGCUGGAGCGAUUUGGAAUAUUGCAAGAACACUAAUAAUUGGUAUUGCUAUAGGAAGGCAGUAGCAGAGCAAGGAGCAUGGAAUGAGGCAAGAGCAAGAGGGGUGGACUUGGUUGUGUUGAACCCGGUUUUGGUGGUGGGACCAUUGCUCCAAUCCACCAUAAAUAGGAGCACAACGCACAUUCUUAAGUAUCUCACAGGCGCUGUCAAAACCUAUGUAAAUGCCACUCAUGCUUAUGUUCAUGUCAAGGAUGUGCCAUUGGCCCAUAUUUUAGUUUGGGAGAUUCCUUCUGCUUCUGGUCGUUACUUAUGUUCUGAGAGGUCACUCCACCGUGGAGAGGUGGUUGAAAUUCUAGCCGAGUACUUCCCAGAAUACCCAAUUGCUACCAAGUGUUCAGAUGAGAAGAAUCCAAGAGUAAAGCCCUACAAAUUCUCUAAUCAAGAGCUGAAGGAUUUAGGGUUGGAGUUUACCCUAGUGAAGCAGGCUCUAUACGAAGCAGUCAAGAACCUACAAGAUAAAGGCCAUCUUCCUCUUCCAAAGUAG